AUGGAUGAGCAGCAGCAGCACUUUCUAGUGGUGGCCUACCCGGCUCAGGGCCACAUCAACCCAUGCCUCCAGCUGGCCAAGCGCCUUGUCCGCCUCGGCAAUCGGGUCACCUUCUCCAUCGCCGCCGAGACCCACCACCGCAUGGCCAUGGAAACGCUUCCCCCCCUGCUAGCUUGCCACCCUUACUCCGUCGGUAAGUACGACGGGGACAUCGCCCAGGACACCAUCGACUGGUGCGACUACUUGCAGGUUCUGAAGUCCGUGGGCAGCCGGACCCUCGCCGAGCUCGCCCGCGACCUCGCCGCCGCCGGCCGCCCGGUGACCUGCGUCAUCUACACCUUCCUGGUCCCCUGGGCGGCUGCUGUUGCGCGCGAUUUCGGGGUCCCGUCCGCCCUCUACUGGAUCCAGUCCGCCGCCGUCUUCGCCGUCUACCACCUCUACUUCCACGGCCACGCCGGCCUCAUCCAGGCCAAAAGCCAGGAGCCCCUCUCCUCUGUGGAUCUACCGGGCCUGCCGGCUUUUCGCAUCCGCGACGUCCCCUCCUUGCUCCUCUCCAGAACCCUGCUGGACAUCACCUACUUCCCCGUGCUGGACGAGCUCUUCAGGACCAUGGACGCCAAGGCCAGAGUUCUGGUCAACACCUUCGAGGCCCUGGAGCUGGAUUAUCUGCGAGCGGUGAAGCCGGUGGAGCUACUCCCCAUUGGGCCGGCCCUGCCAUCGGCCCACGCCGACGGCCUCGACGGGGCGGAGACCUCCUUCGGCGGCGACCUCUUCCAGCCGGCGCCAAGGGAGAGCUAUACGACGUGGCUGGACGCCCAGCGGGAUCGCUCGGUGGUGUAUGUCUCCUUCGGGAGCUACGCGGUGCUGCCGGUGCGGCAGUUGGAGGAGAUCUCCCGCGUGCUGGAGGACAGCCGACGGCCGUACCUGUGGGUGGCGCGGGGGGUACGGGAGGGGGUGAAGGAUAGCUCGCAGGGGAUGGUGGUGGACUGGUGCUCGCAGGUGGAGGUGCUCUCUCACCGCGCGGUCGGCUGUUUCGUCACGCACUGCGGGUGGAACUCUACGCUGGAGAGCCUGGCCUGUGGCGUGCCCAUCGUGGGCCUGCCGCAGUGGAGUGACCAGUCGGCAAAUGUCCUCUUGGCGGAGACGGCGUGGGGAGCCGGCGUACGCGCGGAGCCCAGCGCCGGGGGCCUGCCGGAGGCCGCCGAGCUGCGACGGUGCCUCGACCUUGUCAUGGGCGAGGGGGAGCGCGGGGAGGCCAUGCGCCGGAGCGCCAAGGCGUGGGGGAGGAAGGCCCGCGAGGCGGUGAAGGAAGGCGGCUCGUCCGAUCGGAAUCUGAGGGCGUUCGUCAAACUCCCCCGCUGA